CUUGACAGAGAACCUAAGCUGAGCAAAACAGCCUUGAUCUGAGUGAGAUAGCUGGCACCAUGAAAAUAGCAGGUGCCUUCCUGCUCCUCUCUCUGGCUCUUCUCUGCUUUUUCUCAGGUGCCUUCAGUCAAGGAGGGCAGGACAAAAGAGGAUGGAUCACAAGAUCAGAGGGCCGAUUACCAAGGAAAGGUGUCUUAAGGGGUCGUCUCUUUAAAAUUAAUUGUGGUGAGUUCCGUGACCCCAAGGUUUUCUGCACACGGGAGUCUGACCCACUCUGUGGUUCAGAUGGCCAAACAUAUGGAAAUAAAUGUGCCUUCUGCAAGGCAUUGGCGAAAAGUUCUGGGAAGAUCAACCUGAAGCAUCAUGGGAAAUGCUGAAUUAGAGCUGGUGUUUUGUGCCAGCUUGCCUAUCCUGUCACCCUUGUUUUUUUGAUUUCUGCUUUUAUUUUUCUCUGGAAAA